AUGGAAAACAGAAGUGGCAUAUUAAAAAUCCAGGGUCUAGACAUUUCAGAGUCGUCGGUCUACCCUGUCUUCUUUGCCGUUCUCUUUUUUUACCUGACUUUGUUGAUAUCCAACCUUGGGGUGCUUAUACUCAUCAUCACGGAGAAGAGCUUGCACCAGCCCAUGUACUUGCUCUUCUGCAACCUGUCUGUCAAUGAUCUGUUCGGGAACACCGUGCUGCUCCCGCGUCUGCUGGCCGACAUGUUUUACUCAACGAAAUUCACCACCUAUGGCCAGUGCGUCACACAGGCCUUCUGUAGCCACAUAUUUGGGUCAGCCUCACACAUGAUUCUCAUAAUCAUGGCCUUUGACAGAUAUAACGCUAUAUGUAACCCGCUAAGGUACACUUCCAUCAUGACCAGAAAGACUAUUAUCAAGCUGUCUGUGUGUGCCUGGGGCUUUUCGCUGGUGCUAGUUUCUAUUCUGUUGGGCCUCACAAUCAGGCUGUCACGCUGUAGGUCGGUUAUCCUCAAUGCCUAUUGUGACAAUGCGUCUUUGUUUAAGUUGUCUUGCGACGAUGUGUCGAUUAAUAACCUUUAUGGUCUAGUUUUCACUGCUGUGCUUUUCGGCUCGUCAAUAGGAAGCAUCCUGGUGACGUAUUUGAGAAUAGCAAUAAUAUGCUGGACUAAAAAGAGCAAAGAGCUGAACAACAAGGCUUUGCAAACGUGUGCAACUCACUUAUUAGUGUAUAUGAUUAUGUUGUGGACAGGCUUCCUGACUAUCAUUCUGCAUCGUUUCCCAGAUUAUCCAUACUUAAGGAAACUGGCAUAUAUACUGUUUCAUGUCGUCCCUGCCAAUUUGAAUCCGAUCAUAUAUGGUAUGCAAACACAAACUAUACGGCAGAAAAUAUUGCAGAUCUUUUUAAGAAAGGUGUCAUCUACAUAG